AUGGUAGGUGAAUCCUUUGACCAAAUUACUAUUGGUCGGUCACAAAGACGAUCAUCAACAUGUCGUGAAGAAGUUGAUCGAGUUUUACCAAAUGGAAUAGAACCUACAAAUGAACAUUUACUUGAUUUACUAGUAUGUGAAGCAAUCAUUAAUGAUCAACUUCGUCUUUAUUCACCGACACCAUUCUUCUCACGUUUCUGGAUGCGUGAACAUAUGAUUGAUACUGAAUGUCAAAUACUUGAUCUGUGGUCUCGACCACUUGAAUUUGACUAUACUCGUUGGAUGCGAGAUCCUAAAACAGGUCUUAAACCAAAAUUGCCUCAUCCAUUUUCUUAUCCUCCUUUUGCUGCUGGACCGCGUAAUUGUAUUGGACAAAUUUUUGCAUUAUUAGAAGCUAAAACUAUGUUAGCUAUGUAUGUUUAUACAAAGACGUGA